CAUGCAAAGUCCAUCCCGACAUCAAUUUCACAUUGUAAGCAGAGUAUAUCAAAUAUAAAAACCUGCCCAGAGUACCAACCAUAUCUCUUAAAUUACAAUUCAAAAUGGAGAGAUUUCUUAUUCAAAAUUUUAUGUCUUUAUUUUAUUAUUAUUAUUAUUAACUUUUGGGUCUCACUUGCUCAGAUAAUUACUCUAUAAAACCCCACAAAGAUGUAGCUCAAAAAUGUGCACAAACCAUGGAAACCCAAAGGUCUGAGAUUGAGCUCGUAACUGACAAAAACCCCAGCAGCGUCACCGGAGACAACCAUAAUAAUCAACAAACCCUCUUCUUCAUCAUCGCGAAACGGUCAUCAAAAUCACUAGAAUCCAUACUGAAGAAAUUCCAUGCAGGUUACUUCAGAAUAAGCCUGUCUCUAGGAGGCCAAGCUUUGUUAUGGAAAACACUCGCGGAUCCAUCCCAUGACACAAACGCCAUACGUCACGUGCUUCGCAUGCUUCUUCAUCCUUCAGCUUUUAUGGCACUCUGGUCUUUGGCUUUCUCAACUUCAUUUCUGCUUUCUCUUAUUUACCUAUUGAGAUGCUUGUUUUACUUCAAGCUGGUCAAGGCUGAGUUCUUGCACCAUGUAGGGGUCAACUAUCUUUUCGUUCCAUGGAUUUCUUGGUUGCUUUUGCUCCAAUCCGCACCGUUUUUGGAACCGAGGGCAAUCCCUUAUCUGGUUCUCUGGUGGGUUUUUGCCGUCCCUGUGGUGGUUCUGGACGUGAAAAUAUACGGACAAUGGUUCACGAAAGGGAAGCGGUUUUUGACGAUGGUGGCCAACCCGACGAGCCAGUUAUCGGUCAUCGGUAACUUGGUUGGAGCACAAGCUGCGGCUCACAUGGGGUGGAAAGAGAGCGCCGUUUUCUUGUUUUCUUUAGGCAUGGUGCACUAUCUGGUGCUUCUGGUGACGCUUUAUCAGCGGUUAUCGGGUGGUGACUGUCUUCCGGUAAUGCUCCGACCGGUUUUCUUCUUGUUCUUCGCAGCACCAAGUGCAGCGAGCUUGGCUUGGGAAGCAAUUAAUGGUGCUUUCGAUGUGGGGUCGAAGAUGUUAUUUUUUCUGUCCCUCUUCCUCUUCACGUCUCUGAUGUGCAGGCCAAGACUUUUCAGGAGGUCAAUGAGAAGGUUCAGUGUUGCAUGGUGGGCUUAUUCAUUCCCACUGAACACCCUGGCUCUGGCUUCAAUUAAAUAUGCACAAGAGGUCAAAGGAGAAAUUCCCCACAUCCUAAUGCUUCUGCUACUGGUGCUUUCUGUUUUGGUGAGCAUCAGUUUGAUCGUUUUCACUGCCUUAAAUACUAAAAUGCUUUUACCUGAUAACGACCCAAUUGUAUGUCUUCCCAACAUUUUGCCAGUUCGAUCGGCCUCUACCACCAAUGCCUAGCUAGCCACUAGCUACCU